AUGAAGCUCAACCCGGCUAAAUGCUCAUUCGGGGUCAGUUCUGGCAAGUUCCUUGGGUACAUUGUAAUCCACCGGGGAAUCGAGGCCAACCCGGAGCAAAUCAUGGCCAUUCACUCAAUCCCUUCCCGGAAGAACGUCAAGGAGGUUCAAAAGCUAACGGGAAGGAUGGCGGCCGUGAGCAGGUUCAUCUCCAGACUCUCCGAUAAAUCUCACGCCUUCUUCGGAACCCUCAAGAAUCUGAAGGACUUCUACAAUCUCCGAACACGCCGUAAGCGCCGUCCUCGUUCGCGAGGAGGGAAACAAGCAGCUACCAAUCUAUUGCUAAGCAAGGCUCUCCUGGAUGUGGAAACCCGCUAUAGCCAUUUAGAGACGCUGGCCUUAGCCCUGAUCGUCGCUGCUCGUAAGCUCCGACCCUACUUCCAGGCUCAUCCAAUCGUUGUUGUUACCUUCUUUUCAUGUAAAGUUGGUCCUCUACAAACAAGAAGCCUCCGGACGCCUAGGCAAAUAGGCCGUGGAACUAGGGGAGUACGACCUUUGGAGCAGGAGGUACUCCUCCGAGGCGAAACUAAGGAAGAGGGAGAAUGGAUCCUGCACAUUGAUGGAUCCAGUAACGUUAGAGGAGCUGGAGUGGGGAUAGUGCUUACCUCGCCAACGGGGGACACGGCCUCAAGGGCCGUGAGAUGCAACUUCAAAGCAACCAACAACGAGAGCGAGUAUGAGACCCUGAUCACAGGUCUAACCCUUGCCCACCAAAUGGGGGCAGAGAAUAUCCAAGUCUUCGGCGACUCCACGCUGAUAAUCAACCAGGUACAGGAAGAGUACCAAGCAAAAGAUGACAGCAUGAUCCAGUAUUUGGCGGUCGCUCAGCGACUAAUCAAGAAGUUCAAGAGCUGCAAACUCACGCAAAUCCCCCGGGAACAAAACACGCAAGCUGAUGCUCUGGCUAAUCUAGGGUCCGCCUUCAGAACGAACAGGCAGAUGAUUAUCCCCUUGCUCAUGCUCCAAUGGCCAGCUACCUUGGAGGAACCCCCGUUAGAGGAGGUCUCUACCGUCGAAGAAGGCAAAACGUGGAUGACCCCCUUAGUCCAGUACCUGGAGGCCAACAUCCAACCGGAGGACCGUAACGAGGCCAGGAAGAUCAAGAAGCCAGCCGCAAGAAUGAUGGACAAGGCUUAG